UGGUUGUUUUCCGUGCUAGUCUAGAUUGUCAAAAUUCAAUAAUGUCUUUUUCCGUGUGAAAUGUCAAAUUCUAUUUUAGUUAAGCUAAAUGAUUUAUCCAAAUACUCGCAUUUACGACAAAACAGAGUGUUCAUUUUAUUGUAAAAAGACUAAAGGUGCAUUUUAUAAUUAUGUCUCUAGAACAAACCGCAUGUGAAGAUUUGAAAGCCUUCGAGAGGCGGCUUACAGAAGUCAUAGCUUGUUUGCACCCUUCAACAAUAAGAUGGAGAAUUGUCCUCAUAGUAGUCUCAAUAUGCAUAGCGACAGGUGCUGGUCAGUGGCUGAUGGACCCAGAAACACGCAUAGUCCCACUUUCACAAUCUUUGACAAACCACCCCUUUUUCAUAGUUUCCACAAUCAUGUUCCUAAUUAUUUUAUGUCUUGGUGUGCACAAAAGAGUGAUAGCAGCUUCCAUAAUCACUUCUAGAACAAGGGAAGUAUUAAAUGAUUUUAAUAUGUCAUGUGACGACUCAGGCAAACUUAUUUUGAGGCCUAGACCAACAAAUAUCACGUGACAAAUAUGUUACUACCUUACUGUCCCUCUUCAAGCAAUUUUUACUUUUCCUAGACUUGUUAACGUGUAAAUACAGUUCUCAAAUAAAUUUUAUACAAAAUGA